AUUACUCUGUCCUCAAAUCUCUAUUGUGUAGGCAUAAAUUACACAUCGGCGACAUUAGCAGCAGCCAGCACUAAUACAAUUCCUGCCAUUACUUUCAUCAUGGCUCUUUUGUUCAGCUGCAUUCAAUCAGCAGUUUGGGCAGUUGCAAUGGAGAGGAAGGCAUCAUCAUGGAAGCUUGGAUGGGAUGUCAAUCUUCUUUCCGUGGCAUAUUGUGGUAUAAUUGUCAGUGCAGUUGCUUAUUGUUUGAGAGUUUGGGUAAUAGAGGCAAAAGGGCCUGUUUUCGCAGCGACCUUCACUCCAUUCUCCCUGAUAAUGACUGCCAUCUGCUCUGCAAUUCUGUGGAAGGAAGCCCUCCAUUGGGGAAGUGCUUGUGGAGCUUUACUGCUGGUGGGAGGCCUUUAUAGUGUUUUGUGGGGGAAGCACAGAGAAGCCAAAGCACACCAAAUUCAGGUAAAAUCAGAAGAAACCAGAGUCGAAACCACAUAG